AUGAUGUCGCUUCCAUCUGACCACGAUCCACAUGCAUUUGUGGCCGACUGCGUCACCAACUGGAGCGACCAUGGCGCGUCGCAACUUAAAAUCUGUGUAGACGACGCCAUCGCACGCACAUAUCAGGGCCACAGGAACUCGAACCUCUUUGCGCUGCUUGCUGCCAGUCUUCGUCUCUAUUGCAUGACAUCACGUACGCCGGAGGAUUUUGCGUCGCAGCUCUUCGACCUUGCAAUCCAGCGUGUCAAAGAAGAUCCAAUCCAAUCCAUCUUUUCAGACUCCCUGCUCGACUCAAUAUGGAGCAUCGACCUCGAAAUCGAAUCUCGCAAUGAUCUUAUCUGUUCUCAAGCACAGGACACUGGCAGCGACAUUGUCAUAGGCAUGGACCCGCAAGAUUCAAUACCUUCUACAGUCGCACGCCAACGACUUGCUGACCUCGUCCAUCAGCUCAUCUCUGCCUCCGUAUUCACUCAUGACCAAGCAGCUGAGAGGCUCGAGCCCAGCCUGACCACCUUGAUUGGUCUCAUUCCUAACGAAGCUUACUUUAACAAACGAUUUGUCCAGCUUCGUACAGCCCGUCUUUUCAAGCAGCAAAAGUUCAACCUUCUCCGCGAGGAAAACGAGGGGUACACCGCACUCAUCACCGAAAUCGUCACUAAUCUUGGUCCUUCCGUCGCUGCCGUGCGAUGUCGACGGCCGAGUCAGGACGGUCAACCGGUCUCUGCCUCCAUCUUUGACAGCAAUGCGGUCACUGUCGUCGAGCAAGAAUCUCCUCUCACCCGCAAUCGCCGAGCAGCACGUGUCAUGAACAACGUGCAAGCCCUCAUCGGCUACUUUGAUCUCGAUGCGAAUCGCGUUCUCGAUGUCAUUCUCGACCUCUUUGCCACCGAAGUCAUGCGUCACUAUCCUUUCUUUCUCGCCUUGCUUGCAGAUUCCCCCUGGGCGAAUUCAAGCACAGCAUCAACAUCGCCUUCCGCCUCGAACGGGACUGGCAGCAAACACCUUUUCGGCGGGCUCGAUCUCGACCUCUCUUCUGACUCGGGCGAUCGCAUCUGUGCUCAGCUGCUUGGCUUCAAGUUUGCCCACUACCGUCAUGCCGAUACCAAGGACUCGACCCCGGACGAGCUCUACUUUCUUGCCGCUCUCCUCAUAAAGACGGGCUUCGUCCGUUUCGCCGAUCUCUAUCCGCAUCUGUCGCCUAACGAAGAAGGCAUGAACAAGCUCCACGCUAAGCAUCGACAGGCCAUGUCCGCCAAACUUUCGAGCGCUCGAGCCAAUGCUCUCUCCAUGGCUGCUCCUCUAACCGACGACGCAGAUCCAUCCUCUGUGCGCAAAGACUCGUCCAAAUCCGCUGCAGACGCGCCACCGAAGGAGCCUCCAUACCAGACCGUCGGUCUGCUGCGCGCCUUGCUUGCGCUCGGUGAUAUGCGCCAUGCCCUUAUCAUCCUCGCACGCUAUCCCUGGCUCUGCUCCGCGUUCGACGAAAUCGCGGACGCCUACAUCCGUCUGCUCAAGGUCGUCAUCCAGCCAGCGUACGACGAGAUCUCGUUCUCGCGCAUGAACCCAGCAUGCGCCAGCGCUACAGUCACCGCACCCAAGCCGCGCUGGGAUGCAAAGCAGCAGCAGGUGAUCCCGCCUGCAGUCAAGAGUCUCACCUUGACUCGCAAGGUUCCGGAACCUGUUCCUUCCCUCAAUUGCCAGCAAGUGUUCUUCUAUCCGCACUGGACCGACUCUCUUCCCAGCUGCCACAGCCUUGACGAUGUUGUUCGCAUCUUUUUGCCCCUUCUCAAAAUCCUCGGUGUUCCUCUGUGGAGGGAUGCCGCGCUGCUUCAAAAACUUUGCCGCCUGACCAAGGUCGGGUUCCGACUGGCGAAUGCGAGAGACGCCUCAAACGGUGCCCCAGCAGACGACUUUGACGACUUUGACGAGCCUCAACCGGAUCCCGAGAGCCAGAUCUGGUAUGACGUCUUGCGAUUCCACCUUCUGCCCGCACUCUCCUUGUCGCCUCCUAAUUCGGGCAUCGUCGACGAGAUUUGGAUGCUCGUUCGUAACAUGCCCUACGAAAAGCGUUUUUCGUUGUACGGCCAAUGGAAGAACGACCUCUACCAGCUGCCCGAGCUGCGCGCAGCGCAGGCUGCGACAGAAAAGGAGGCCAAGGGUAUCCUCAAAAGAAUCAGCAAGGACAACAUCAAGCAAUCCGGUCGCAACCUCGCGAAGGCCUCGCAUUCCAACCCAACCAUCUUCUUCACCGUCGCACUGAACCAGGUCCAGGCGUACGACAACCUCAUCCAACCCUUGGUGGAAUCAGCAAAGUACCUCUCUCAGUUCGAGUACGACAUCUUCUCAUUCAACCUUGUCGACGCCCUCAGCAAUCCGGAGAAGGAGCGCACCAAGCAAGAUGGUACCAACAUCAGCUUGUGGCUCAAGAGUCUGGCUGCCUUUUGCGGCACCCUCUUUCGCCGCUAUGCCAUGAUGGACUGCACUCCCAUCCUCCAGUACUUGGUCAAUCAGCUCAAGGCUAACAACUCGAAGGAUUUGGUGAUCAUGUCCGAACUCAUUACAAAAAUGUCUGGCAUUGAGCCGCUGGCCAACCUUGCGGAUGCACAGGUCGCAGCUUUGACAGGCGGCCGCCAUCUUCACAUGGAGGCGAUGAUGGCUGCCAACGCGCUUACCGGUAGCAAAGAGCGACUCGCGUACCGCCGCUCAGGUCAACGUCUACUGCAUGCGCUGGUGGAGAGCAAGCUUUCUGUGCCCCUCCUCAUCUUGGUCGCCCAGCAGCGUCAAGCUUGCAUUCACCUCGUGCCAGAAAGCGAGGCGCACCUCAAAUACCUCGGGAACCUGUACGACUCGUGCCAGGAGGUGCUGCUGCAGUACGUAGAGUUCCUCUUCAAUCAUCUCGAGACUGCCGAUUAUGCCUCGCUCGUACCUUCGCUCCAACACCUGUGCGUACGCUUUGGCAUCGAGCCUGCUAUGGCUUUCUACAUUGCCAGGCCUAAAUUGGUACACAGUAUGAAGCAGGUCGAGGCUGUAGAAGCCGCUGAGAGGCUCCGUGCCGAGCUCACAGCCAGUCGUGCAAAGGUCAAGGCAACCGAGGACGUCAAAGCGGCGUCGGACGAAGCGCAGCAAAGCAUUCAAGGUACAACGGAUGCAAAUGAAGAUGGCGACGUGGACAUGGAAGAUGCCGAGACGCUCCAGUCGACCGCAAAGGGCAUCGAGAACGGCGAGGGCACGCAAGCUGGCGACGCAAACGGUGUCACAGCGGCGCAAGAAGUCGAGCCUUCGUCACAGGCCAAGCAGCCAUGGCACAAGGGUCUGCUGGAUGCUAUCGCCGCUGCGAGGGAGGUGCUUCCCGCCUCGGCUCACUCAAAUCUUGGGGUUCAUUUUUACGUGACCUUCUGGCAGCUCAGUCUGGCCGACAUCAACGUGCCCAUCGAACGAUAUCAGCAAGAAGUGAAACGACUCAACGCCCUCAUUCGCGAAACGACGCUCGAAGACCAACGAAAGCGUCUCCAGGACAAUGUCAGUCAGCUCAACGCCGAGAUGAAGGACCAGAUGAAAUCGCACGAAGUGACGCGGAAGCGAUUGAUGGCGGAGAAGGAGCACUGGUUCAGCGACAGUGCCGAUCGAGGUGCGAUCGUGUCGCAGUUGAUCCAGUACUGUCUGUUCCCGCGUGCACUGCUCUCGCCUACCGACGCCAUUCUCGCUGGCAAGUUCAUCCGCACUGCGCACAACCUCGGUACCCGCAACUUCUCCAGUCUCACGGCGUAUGACAAGAUCUUUGUCGAUCAUAUCGCUGCGGUCAUCUUUUCUUCGACCGAGAACGAGGCGCGAAACUAUUCGAGGUUUCUGUACACAAUCCUCUCCGAUCUAACUCCGUGGCACCGUUCAUCUGAAACGUAUGCCAAAGAAGCGAUCGGUCAGAGACUGCCUGGCUUCCAGAUGCGAUGGCAUAACCGUCAUGGUGGCGAGGAAAUCCCAUCGGCCGAUCUUUUGUCAUGGGAGCAGUUCCGCAUUAUCUUUUGCAAGUGGCAGGACUGCCUUCAACGCGCCUUCAAGAGUUGUCUCUCGUCCAAAGAGUACAUGCGCAUUCGCAACACCAUCAUUGUGAUGACGAGGAUCUCCCCUUUCUAUCCGUUGAUCGAAUCCACCGGGACCGAAAUUAGCGCCCUUGUGGAGUCGCUUGCAGCAAACGAACACCGCGGAGACCUCAAGAUUCUCGCGCAGGGCUUGUUGGCCACUCUGAAGUCGCGCAAGAAGUCUUGGAUUCCUUUGGGCCGGGCUCGAACCGUACCGAAUGCUCCUGCCCCUGCCAAGACACCUGCCGCGUCAGGCGACGCGGUUACGUCAGGAUCAGAGACCGCCUCGAAGAAAGACACGCAGAAGUCGAAGGAAGAUGACAAGACGCAACAGUCUGUCCGUGCCAAAGAGACGGCAGAUGCAACGGCGGCGCAGCCAAAGAACGCCAACGCUGCUCCGACCAAUGGCGGUAGGGCGGACAAAGUCCCAGAGAAGGCCAGCACUCCUGCGCCUGCUGGAGUUCGAGCUUCGACUGCAGCCGUGGGAUCGAGCGGUCGGGGGGGCGCCGCUACCAAAGUACCGCCCAGUGCCAACCUCCCUACUCGUCCGGGACUGCCGUCGCAGAACAGUGCACCAGCCGAAGCGAAAGAUCGUCGGUCCGCUACUCCAGCCGCUACAGCGGCCAAUGAGCCGCGAAGAGGCGACGAUCGUGGCAGCACAACAAAGGCGGACGACUCUUCUCGCCGUGGUGGUGGUUCAAGCGAGCGUACUCAUACUGCGCCACCAUCUGGACCGCGUGGCGAUGCCACGCGCGAUAAUGGGCUUCCUACUCGGCCUGCGCGUGAGCCUGCCCCGGCUAGCGAUCGCAACCGUGCCAGCAACGGAGGCGACGACCGACGUGCACCAUCGCAAACACCUCGUGACACGAGCGACAAUAAAUCGUCUGUUCGCCCCACAGCAGCAGGGGGAGAAGCGAUGAACCCGCCUUCGGGCCCUGCGAGCACUACGAGCGCACAGGCUGCCCGCUCGCGCGCCGACCGCGACCGAGCCGACCGGCCGUCAUCCGCUUCCCUCUCGACGACCGCUGCAAAGGACAAAGACGUUCGAGAUCGGGACCGCGACCGUGAUCGAGACCGCAAUGAUCGGCAGAACGACCGCGACAAGGCACGCAUCUCGGAGCGAGAACGCGAACGCGAAAAGGAACGCGAUCGACGCGAUCGGGAUCGCUCCGUUCGAGACCCAGUUCGAGACCGAGACCGAGACCGCGAGCGCGAGCGCGAACGAGAUCGAGAAAGAGAUCGCGCACGGGAGCGGGAGCGCGGGGCCAAUGCUCGCGAUCGGGAGCGUGACCGAGAUGACAGGAAGCGCGGUGGUGGCAGCGCGCAGGCAAGUCGGAAUGGUACACCUACGCGCGACGUUGCAGACAGCGGUCGCAGGAGUGGUAGCAGUACGCCGAUUGCACCCCGUCGCGAUCGAGAACAGUCACAGCAGCAGCAGCAGCGUAAUCGAGAAUCUGCGGCAGCCACACCCACCUCUGCUCGAUCCACACCUGGCGUCGGCAGUGCUGCGGACGAAAUCACCAUCCGCGGCGGCGCCGAGCAGCAGCGAAAGCGCACACUGGUCGACCGUCUCGGCGGAUCCUCGUCAUCAGCCGCUCCCUCGCCAGGUGGUGGCGCUUCACCAUCCGCUCGCACCGCAGAACCCGAUUCCACGACGGGCUGGGACACGGAAGAGACGUCGAAACGCAUCAAGAUCGAUCGGAAUCCGAAGUACGCUGCUGCGGGUCCACCUGUGCCGCACCCCUCGGCGGCCAUUCCGGAGGGCCCGCGGUCGGACAAGCGGCACCAACCGCAGUCGCGCAAUUUGUUCGGUGGCGGCGGUCGUCGGGAUGGCGGUGGGCGUGACCAGCGGCGUGAUCGUUCGGCUCGCAGGGCUGGAAACGAAUGA